AUGGUGGUUAAAAACAAAAUAACAAGAUCAAGUAACUGUGCUACUGAUAAGGUUAGUAAACAGGUGAAUUUACCACAAAAACUGCAAAACAGUUCUUCUGCUAUCAUCAAAAAAAGUCAGGAAUUACCAUUAUAUCUGUUACUUUCAAAUACUUUACUACCUGGAGUAACGAGGCAAAGAACCAAUAAGCAAAAUUUGGUGUGUAAACAGAUACUCUUGCAAGCUACUAAAGUAAUUUUAGAACUUAUAAACCUUUUUUUAAAAAUAUUGGACACAAAGUCUACAACAAAAUGGCGAACAUAUUUAUAUUUUGUUAGUAUAGAUCACACUAAUACCGCUCUAUGUGGAAUCAUAAGCUAUUUGUUUCCGCCUUAUCGAGUGAUGGGGAAGUUGACUGAAGACAUCAUACCUCUUGUCUUUUUCGGUGGAUUGCUGAUUGCCUCAAGUUGUACAAUUAAGAGGAUAAAAGAAAAAAACAACCGCCUGGGUUAUCGUGAUUUGACGUCACUUUCCACAGCUGUCACCUCACCUGAUGCUUGUCAUGGAGUGUCGAAUGGUGGAAUGUUGAAGUCAAGAAACAUUAAACUCCAGAUAUGUGGAACUCUCCCUAGUUAA